GAUCCUGCACUGUGCUCAGUCGCUGUUGUGGCUGGGAGGCAGCACAACCAGCCGCCUUGGUUGAACCGUGAUUCAGCCUGAGGUAAAACAGGAGGAGUCUUUUAAACUGACCGACCUACCGAAAACAACUACUACUGGUGUCCCCACGAACAAACUUCGCACGACACCUUUAAUCCUGCAGGUGCUGAGGAAACUGCAAGCAGAAAGUACCAGAAGAACCAGUUGUGGAAAGACUUGGUGGCAAGUUGUGAUCAUGCGCUGCCUGGCUGCUCGGGUGAACUACAAGACCCUCAUCGUUAUCUGCGCCCUCUUCACACUCAUCACUGUGUUGCUAUGGAACCGCUGCUCCAGUGACACCUCCCUGCGCUUCCUGCCCCGAGCUGCCUUGGUGGUUCCAAGUCCCAAGGUGGGGGAUGCUAGCAUCAGCAGCCAGCAACACCCUCCACAGCCUCCAGAGCCCCCACCUGUUGUUGGGGUUGUUGGGGGCAACAAGUAUGAAGAAAUUGACUGCCUGAUCAAUGAUGAAUCCACUAUCAAAGGCCGGCGAGAAGGCAGCGAGAUUUACCUGCCCUUCAGCUGGAUGGAAAAAUAUUUUGAGGUUUACGGCAAAGUAGUGCAGUACGACGGCUAUGAUCGGUUUGAGUUUCAGCACAGCUAUUCAAAGGUUUACACACAACGUGAGCCCUACCACCCCAAUGGAGUCUUCAUGUCGUUUGAGGGAUACAAUGUGGAGGUUCGUGACCGUGUCAAGUGUAUAAGUGGAGUGGAAGGUGUGCCUUUGUCCACUCAGUGGGGCCCUCAGGGCUACUUCUACGCCAUCCAGAUUGCUCAGUAUGGCUUGAGCCAUUACAGCAAAAACCUGACGGAGCGCCCUCCCCACGUGGAGAUCUAUGAUACAGCCGAGGAGAGAGACAAUCGGGCCAGCACAGCGCCCUGGAGUGUGCCGAAAGGUUGCGGUCUCAGCCGUGUCCACGACAGGACCCGAGCAACCUCCGUGCGUCAGUUCAGUGCUCCAGAGUCCUCAGAAGGUGUGUCCAUCCCGCUGGGCAACUCCAAAGACUUCAUCCUCAGCUUGGACGUCAAGUUCAUCUCCAACGGCAGCGUGUCUGUGAUCCUCGAAACCACGGAGAAGGGCCCGCCCUUCACUAUCCACUAUGUGACCAGCACGCAGCUCAUUGCCUUCAAAGACCGUGAAAUCACCUACGGUGUCGGACCACGAACCGCCUGGAGCACUCUGACCCGAGAUCUGCUCACCGACCUCAGGAAGGGCGUUGGGCUGUCCAACACCAAGGCUGUGAAGGCCACUAAGAUCAUGCCCAGACGGGUGGUACGAUUAGUCCUGCAUGGCCGUGGCUUUGUUGACAACGUCACUAUCUCCACCACUGCCCACAUGGCCGCCUUCUUUGCCGCCAGCGACUGGCUGCUUCGCAACCAGGACGAGCGAGGCGGUUGGCCCAUCAUGGUCACCCGUAAACUUGGCGAAGGCUUCCGGCCUUUGGAGCCCGGUUGGUACUCUGCCAUGGCUCAAGGCCAGGCCAUGUCCACCCUUGUGAGAGCCUACCUCCUCACCAAGGACCAGGCUUACCUCAAUGCUGCCCUCAAGGCAGUAGGACCCUACAAGGUGCCUUCAGCACAGCACGGGGUCAAAGCUGUGUUCAUGAACAAAUACGACUGGUAUGAGGAAUACCCCACCACACCCAGUUCUUUUGUCCUCAACGGCUAUUACUCCCUGCUGGGACUCUUUGACUUGACUGAGACAGCCGGAGAGAAGCUUGGCAGGGAGGCUGGGCAGCUGUUCAGCCGCGGCAUGGAGUCACUGAAGGCCAUGCUGCCGCUCUUUGACACAGGGUCUGGGAGCAUCUAUGACCUGCGUCACUUCAUGUUGGGCACUGCGCCCAACCUGGCACGCUGGGACUAUCACACCACACACAUUAACCAGCUACAGCUGGUGGCAUCCAUAGACAACUCUCCCGUCUUCAAGGAUGUGGUCAAGCGCUGGAAAAACUACUUAAAAGGGAUUCGUGCCAAGCACAACUAGAGAAACUUUAACCCACGUAUAUCAUACAGCUGAAAUGAUGACUGAAAAGUUGAAUAUACUAUGUGUGAGAACUUAAUGGAUGAUUGAAUGUGAGGUGGAUGCUCACAUUGUGUGUCUGUUAGAGGUUCAUAAUCUAUUGGAUGAGUUUAUCAGCUGCAGCUCUCACCACUUAACAUUUCUCGUGUGCUCUGUUGCAGGUUUUAUAUUUUCUGCAACACUGACUGUAGCUCUCUUCUCCUGUUUUUUCUUUCCCCUUGAGCUAGUGUUUGUAAUUAUGCACAGACCUAGUUUCUGUGUGUGUGUGUGUGUGUGUGUGUGUGUGUGUGUGUGUGGGGUUAAACAAUAUAUGACGUUAGAGUAGGAUGAAACUCCUUGAAUUGUUUAAACUGGAUCACAUUUCCGACACUCACAUCCACCGCAGGUCUCUUCUCCAAUUGUAUUUUUUUACCAUUUCGAGUUUAUUUAAACAAGUAAACUUUAACAAAACAGAAUAUAUUAUAAAUUAUUUGCCAAAAAUUAAUGAAUCUUAUCGAUAUACAAUACUAAAACAUUUUGGAUUUUAUUUCUCCUCUUCAAACUUUUUUUUACAUCCUUUAACCCUCAAAACAUAAGUUUUAAAUCAAGAAUUUUUUUAUACCAUGCAGCUGUGAUAGAAAUUAUUUUAUUGAAAUGCUGAAAAGUCCGAUGCUUUAUGCCUGCAAACUGGCAGCUUCCAAGUUGUUUUCUGAAGCCCCACAGUUAAAUAGUUACAAAUAAUUUUGGCGGUGUUAUGUUGUUGUAGUGAGUAAUAUUUUUUCCCUCUUAAUAACAGUUUUAAGCCAUGGAUUAGGUGUCUGCUUAAAAAGUUCAAAUCAGCUCUGAGGAAUAAACACCUCAAACCACCAUAUUUGAUUUCAGAUGGAUAAACCAGCUCUGCUACCAGCAGGUCUCUUUGCUUCCUACCAACAAUUCCACUGUGUUUAGCUGAGCUGCUGUGUAGGCACAUCUGGACAGAGUUGUCUGCAUGACUGCAUCAUGGGUAAUGUGACUUAUACAGGGACCGGUUUGUGUUUUCAGUUGAGGCACGGACGGCUGCAGCUAGCACGCUGCUAUAACAUGAGUGUCCAUGUUACAUUCCCUAAGAUCAGGCCUAUCCUAAUUAGUCGUCAGGGCGGUACCCUCUAUAAAGCUGGUUUCUUCAUGUGAUGUUUUAAGAUGAAAAACUGUGCGCUACGAUUCUUAGCUGUAACCAAAACCCACUACAGUCUGUCGGUUGGUCCCAAAAAACUUAAUAAUUCAUGUGCCAGUGCAGCUAUAAAUAGUUAAUUCUGCAUCACUUUGAGUUCAGUUCAGCUCAGUUAGUAAUGCUUAAGCUUUCUAUAUCAGAGAUGCUGUAUUGUGAUUUUCAGCUCCGAUGUGGUCGCGGCUGUUCACGAAUCUCAGUAUUUGUUGGAAGAAAAAAAAAGGCAGCUGAGACAUGAGCCUCAAGAGUCUCUGAUCAAGAGUCGCCGUUUCCUCUGUUCUUCUCAUUUGCACCGUUUGGGAAAAGCUAUUUGGGAAUUAGACACAGUCAGCUAUAUUUAACGUUUUUGUGGGUGUGUUGCCUUGAAGUGGACAUGGGAAACUCCCAGUGUGCAGACUAUGCUACACACAUGAGCCACUACUGAUAAAACGAUCAAUAAUUUCUUCAGAUCUUUAUUAUAUUUACUAAUCUGACAAGAGACUACAAAUGGCCUACUCUGACACAUUUUUAAUAAUGUUAAUUAAUGUGCCAUGUCUCUGAUAAAUAAGAAAUACAAGUAGACCAUUAAAGCUUCAUGCAGUUGCAAUGGGACCCUGCAGUGUCACUUUUAAGCUCCCUUCAUCCCAUAAGAAAUGUACACAGGACACAGUGUGGCAAUGAUUUUCUAACUAAUACUUGUUUUUCUAUUAAACUUUCUUUCAGUGACAAACUUUAGCUUCUGAUGAAUCUCUUGGCCUGUUAAAUAUUAAAAUCUUUUAUAUCCUUUUAUGUCCCUUGGUUUGAACACCAGCACCAUUAGUUGUAGCCACAUUUUCAUUCACUGUCAUGCCCCCUCUUGACCUAGAAUAUUAACUUGGAAACUCACUUCUUAACUCUUAACUCACACUUUCAGAUAAUAAUUGCUGAAUAUAAGUGUAGGUGGUGUAGAUGUAUGUGUUGUUUAUAAGAUGUAAACAGACGUGUGGGCAGCAGAGGCACAGCUGUGUCUCACUAACAUGUCAAUUUAUAACAUUUAAAUAGACAAUUGCAGGAGUGCUGAAGGCUGAGGUAAAUUCUUGACAUGCAUAAAGAGGCUGUCAGUCCCAGCAGGCUCUCAUUGCUCCUGUCAGCUGUUGUGGGUGCAUGAACCGAUUGUUUUUAAUCGUCCUGCCCUGUUGACCGCUGAACGAGGAGACGGAGGCUCGCCAAGACGCAAACAAUUCAACUGUCUUAAUGGGCUGCAGAGUCUGAACACAGUACGGUCGCUAGUCAGGGAUGAGUCAGCAUUCACUGGCAUUGCCCUCACAAAUAAAACAAAGUGGAUCCCUCGGCAUUAAUGAGGCUUUCAUCGAUCUACCUUAAAGAUUAUUAAUGGGAAGCAGGAGAGUCAGGCUGGUUUGUUCUUCUGAAUGUGUUGGUGGUGAAUUUUUCAUUUUCUUAAAACUGGCCUAAACUUUGAGAUAAAACCAUUUACCCAAGCGCUCUGCUUGAAGUUAUUGUAGUGUGAGCUUGCUUCAUCUGUGACUCAGCUCAUUGCAUUCAGAAGUAAUAAGUGAGGAUUUACGACGGAGUACAAAUUCUCAAAUACAAUUUUGAGAAUUUGUGAAAAAAGUUGUAAUAUUUCAAGAAUAGUCAUGAUAUUAUGAUUCAUUAUAUUUUGCAAGGAAAAAUAGUAACUACAAUACAGUGUGUGUAUAGUGCACAUUAUACUGUAUUUCAGGAAAAGAUAAAACAAGUGCAUGUAAUCCAAUCUUCCACGUUUAAUCAUAAUAGACAGCAUUUUGUUUUCAAAGCAACCACUAUGACUUAUUUUCUAAUAAUAUGACUUGCGACUUGUAUCUCAAAAUAUGACUUAAAAAUGUUUCUGACUUUAUUCCUUAAAUACUAGACUUUUUCUUGUAACAUUAUGCCUUUCGCCUUUUCUAAAUCAUGACUUCUUUUUUUAAAACAUUUUGACUUUAUUCUCAAAAUCUCAGAUUUUUUUUUCAACAGUGGAGCUAUUCCUCCAGGUUUAUACUGUGGAUGGAAGGAAUUAUAUUGAGUUUCUGAGAGAAGAGGUUUGGGUGUACUUUUUGAGAAUCCCUUUUUUUUUUUGUACACUUGCUGAACCUUGCUUUGUUCUUUUCCUGGUGGCAUUUUCUCCCCAUGAAUACUUACAUAAUUCAUUCUUUGCCAUUUUACGUGGAAAUAUGUAGUUUAAAGGGAACAUUCAGGAAUGAAAGUUAAGCAUGUGAACAACUAUCUCCAUUUUGUUUAUACCAAAGCCAUUGAUUCAAGUAUAUUGGAAUUUGUAUAUUUUUGUGCAAAUUUCCAUUCAGCAUUUAAUGACAUUAAGUCUCCUUGGAGACGUCACAGAGAGACACUGUCUUUUUGAGAAAUGCUAGUUUUUCAGAUGUAGGUUGAAUAGAUUAUAGUAAAAUUAAGAUAUGUAAAACCUGCUUAUUAUAAAGGGGACGUGUGCAACUAGAGAUUAGCAUUUAGUCAGCUACUGUUAAAGGCAGACAAUAGCUGCAAAUUCUCCUAGAAAGUUUUACUUUUGUCUUUGUUUUGAAGUGUUUUGUUUGCAUCAUUCAUCAUUUGUUGGAAUAAUUUGCUGAGGAAUACUAUGUUUUUCUAGAUAGAUAAAAGCACAACUGCCGUUUAUUGUCACAAGAUUUUGGUUGUAUUUCUUUAGGCAUGCUUUGUUUUUCUUUUCAGGACAAUGUGCAACGCCUUCAAUAAGGAAGCUGCUAUUAUUGUUCACUGUGUUACAGCUAUGGAAACUUCUUUUUCAUCAUUUUAGUGGGGUUUGUUUCUGUUUUUCCACUAUUUGACUUUUUGACUGAACAUAUGACCGCUGAGGUCAAAUGUGAUUUAUGCAAUAAAAUGUUUACUGGGGUCAUGACACCACAGGAGACCCAGAGCGGUUGUACAGACUUUGCAAUCAAAGCACAAUGUGCAAAUGCUACCAUUUUUUUAGUCCAAGAAAGAGAGUUGUUUGUAUACAGAGUAAAUUGUGCUUUAAAAAUGUGCUUUUUAAAGGUGUAAAAAAUAAAAGCAUUUUUUCUCAAA